AUGCGGCAGGGGAAGUUCCUCUUCACCGUCAAGCAGAUGAAGAACAGGCGGGACUUCGGCGCGGUGCUGAAGCUGCUGCACGAGGCGGAGCGGAGGGGGGACGGCGCGACCCCCAAGAUGUACUCGUGCUGCAUCGGGUACAUGGGCAAGGGGGGCAACUGGGAGGGGGCACUGGACGUGCUGGACCGGAUGCACGCGCUCGGGAACAAGCCGGACGCCUUCUGCAUCAAUGACGGGAUGAACGCGUGCAAGCGGGCGCGCAAGUAUGACAAGGCGCUGUGGGUGUUUGAGCAGGCGCGGGAUGUCUGGGGGGCUCAGCUGGACGGUUACGUGUACAACUCGGCCAUCACCCUGUGCGCCCGCAGCAAGCAGGGCAAGAGGGCGGUGGGCCUCCUGAAGGAGAUGCUGGCGGAGGGGCUUAGCCCCGAUGUCGUCACCUUCUCGGCCGUGAUCUCGGCGUGCUGCGGGGGCGGCGGCAGCGACUGGAGGGUUGCGAUGCAGAUCCUUUCGGAGGCACGGGGCAGUGGCGGCAGCAGGUGGUACUGCGUGCUCGUCGGUGGUACUCUUUGUGGUGUUUGUCUUGCAAUUGCGGUUGUUGGCUGGGUUUUUGUGUAG